AACGUAAUAAGUUUGUAAAAAAAUCAAUACAAAAACAAAUGCCAGCAAACAUUAAAACUGGUUUUUAUUAUUUCUCUACCAAUCGCUUAUCUACUAUGACGACGGUGUGUUGAUGUAUCUGUGUUGCAUUAUGUGAGGACCGAAAUAGAAGACCAGAAGAAAAAUUUCGCAAAUAAAAAUAAAUUCUAAUUCAUUGUGUCAAAAAAGCAAUGCAAGAAAAGGUAAACUUGCAAUAAAGUGAAAUUAAGAAACAGUCGGGAGAAAAUUUAAAUAAAUUAUUAUUUAAUCAUAAAAAUAUUGAAUUAAGAUUAGCGUGAAGUGUUGUGAAAGUUUGUUUAAGCCGAUGCAAUAAAUAAGUAAACACUAAACUUAUGAACAAGAUCCUCCUCCAAUAAUUUGACACCGGUUUUGUUGCUUUUUCGGACAGACAAACAGCAAGAAUUAACUGAAUUUCAUUAUUCAGAUUGAUGAAAGAUAUGUGCGCAGUACUUGAUAAUGUCGCCGACGCGUAUUCCUUUACGCUAUUCCUAAAUAUUACGUUGAAAGAAAUUGUGUUCAAAAACAUCAAAUUGCUUUUGUAAGGCGGCGAAUUUGCUUAUUGUCAAAACAUCUCUCUAUUUUGCGAAUCUCGUUAAGAGAGGUUUCCACGUUCAGGUGCAUAAGAAGGAAAAAAAAUUAUUGAGAGCAAGGCGGAAGUUUGGAAGUAUAAGAUCGUCAUCCGUAAUAAAAAUUCUAGUAUUUUUUAUUCGCUUCGGUGGAUUACUCAUGUAAUCGGUGUGUUAAAGUACAAUCCCUUAUAAUUUUCUCAUAACUAUAUUAAAAUGAAGCAACCAUCGAAAUUUAAUUGUUUUAAUUUUCAUUUCUUUAUAUGAUUUUUCAAAGAAUUUUAAAUAGAAUUGUUAUUAAAUAUACAAAAUAGAAAAAUACAAAGUUAAAGAAACGAAUCGCGGAAUAACAAAAUUAGUUUUUAAUUAAAAUAAAAAAAACAAAAAAAAAGGAAAGGAAAGAAAAAAAAAGAAUUCAUUGCGCGAAUAAACGCAUUAUGUCGAGAGCUUCGUCCAUAGAAACGCCAACUUCUCCGACGGGUCCAUUACAUUUUCAACAACCUCAGCAGCAUUAUCGCCAACGUAGCGUAUUACAACAGCAACAGCAACAGCGUCAUCAUCCUCAACAGCAGCAGCAACAACAACAACAACAACAGCCACAACAUACUACUACGGCUGUUGUUAUUAGUGCCAGCUCUUAUAAUAAUCCUUACACACAAACAACAACAAUAACCGCAAAUACUACCAGUCCAAAAACUGAAAGCAAUCGGCAAAAUAAACGUAAUCAUAACUCUUCCUUUUCCACCACAUCCACAUCGCCCAUAUCACCUAUAUUAUCGAAGGCUUCCUUUAAUCCAUUAACCGACAAUAUGAUAUCGAAUGCUAAUAAUCAUAAUUCACAUCAUACAACUAUUACUACUUCAAUUAAUCAAUCUAACCAUCAAUCUACACAUUCUUUAUUAACUCCUUCCUCUUCCACAUCCUCAUCUCCAUCGGUUUCGGGUGCAGCAUCCACAGCUGCAGCGGUACAUCAGCCUCUUAAUUCUUUUGGUAAUUCAUAUCCAGCACACCAUCAACAACACAAUUCGUCUUCAUCAUCUUCAUCGUCGUCGUCAUCGGCCUUGUAUUCUCAUCAACAUCAACAUCAACAGCAACAACAUCAACAACAACAACAACAACAGCAACAACAACAACAGCAGCAGCAGCAGCAGCAACAACAACAACAACAACAAUUUACAAGGCCAUCGACAUCAAUGUCGACUGGUUGCAAUGCGCCCGCUGCCGUCACCUCAUCGCAUUCUCAGCAUAGCUCCUGUACACCAUGCAGCAUUAAACGUCAUACCGAUGUAUCGGUAUGCCCUUCAUCGUCCUCGUCUUGCUGCUCUUCGGCUAGCUCGCAAUCUGUUUCGGCGUCUGUUACAGCAAAUCAUCAUCAUCACCAUCACCAUGGCGUUGGAGGCCAAGGCAAUGCUAAUGCCAAUAUUGUAACUCCGGCCGUGAUUACACAAAAAUCGCGUACCACACCCUCAGAUAAGAUAAAUUUACGUUUAAUACUCGUUAGUGGCAAAACAAAAGAAUUCCUAUUCAAUCCAACAGACUCAGCCGGUGAUAUAGCACAAACAGUAUUCGAUAAUUGGCCUGAGGACUGGGAACGUGAAGCAGUCUCCAAGGCCGAAAUACUGCGACUCAUCUAUCAGGGCAGAUUUUUACAUUGCAAUGUUACCUUGGGUGCUUUGGGAUUACCCUUGGGCAAGACGACUGUUAUGCAUUUAGUGCCGCGUGAUAAUUUACCAGAGCCCAAUUCUCAAGACCAGAGACAAAAAAGUAAAGGUGGUUCUAGUAGAUGCUGUUCAACGACUUGCUGUAUUUUGUAACUAACUAGCGUUUAAUUAAAAUUUAAUUAUAUUAUACAUAAAUACACUCAAUCAACCCUUAUAUAUAUA